GGACACUCACAUGACUGUUACGAUUAGCCUGACCGUUGGGGACGGACGGGAUGGGACGGGAAUGGGAUGUCCCGUGACCCGUGCCAAUCUUGGUAUCCCAUUUCCUAUCUUAUUUCCCUCUCGGUAUCCUGUUUUCCAUCCUACCCUAACUAUAGGGAGAGAAUAGGAAUCUGUUACGGAACUUGCAACCUCACUCUCUAUAAAUCAGAACUGACAGGCCGGAGUGUGAUGACCCUGUACACCUUUUAAAUUGUAUCUAAGGUGGCGAUCUAACGAAACAUCGAAUGUAGAGAAGGAAGAGAGACAGAAAGAAAGAAUUCUAUUAUAUAAAAACUGUGGGAUCUUGUAUUAUAGGAUCAGAUCAACAGUGGAUAGAGCAGACUUAGUACCUCAGGCAGGAUUUGGCCUAGGCCCUGAUAUUACCCCCUCUUUAAGGUGUUGGCUGCCCUCAGC